CGCGGCGUGUCUUAGCGGGCGGGACUUCCUCCGAACGUGUUGCUCUGUUUAAAAUGUCACCCUAACAACCGACCUGGAACUGGAACCUGAGCGGUCCAAACGGAUCCUAAGAGACGGGAUGGCAGGAACCGGCGAGGGAAAGAAAGAAGAAGCCGACUACAAGAGACUUCACAGCUUCCCCCUCAUCAGGCACACGGACAUGCCAGAGGAAAUGAGAGUGGAGACUAUGGAGCUGUGUGUGACAGCCUGCGAAAAGUUUGCCACCAACAAUGAGAGCGCUGCCAAAAUGAUCAAGGAGUCCAUGGACAAGAAAUUUGGCAGCUCAUGGCACGUGGUGAUCGGCGAAGGCUUUGGAUUUGAGGUGACGCACGAGGUGAAGAACCUGCUCUACAUGUUCUUCGGCGGUAGCUUGGCCGUGUGCGUUUGGAAAUGCUCCUAGCACAACACACACACACUCACUGACACGUCUCUGGGCGCCAAUUUAGGAGAAGGAACACCAGCUUCUAGUUAGACUCUGGCUGUCGUGGGUGACAACGCUGCUGAGUUGGAUGACACAGCAUCUCACCCUGUUGGAAUCGUAGAGAAGAAGUGUUACAUCUCAAUAGCUUCCUGCCUUAUCUUCCUUUCAGCCGUUUCCUUGGUUUCAACUUUUACAGCCGGCCAGGGUCUCCAAACUCCUUUCUCCUCUUUCCUCUGCAGGGAGCGUCUGGUGUGCAUGUUUUUGGGCUUUUGUGUGUGUGUGCUGGUCACACACACACAAACGCACACCAUUGUUGUUUUUCUUUUUAUCUUACCAAACGUCAUCACCUUUUGUGCAACAGUAAAAUCUCCACGUCAUGUCUUUUGGUACACUUGUCCUUUAAUACAACUUUUUGAUAUUUUUUAAAGGUGUACAUAGUUUGAUGCAACUUUUAACAAGUGUCAUCUUCUUACAAACGACCUGAUCUACCUUUUUUUUUCUUGCUGUAUAAAGGUGUUUGUUAUAAGCUGUAUGUAUGUGUGCUUGCACUGGAGGACACUUGCCAUGUGAGUCAGUGCAAUGCAACUAUAUAAGAGAAAGAGAUAACUGAUAUAAUAACACAAGGAUGGAUAAUAAACUCUUAAAACCAGCAUUUUUUACAUCCUUCUAUUUACUUUCCUAUUAAAAAUGAAUAGUUUCUCUAGCACUGCAGGGGAAUCAUGAUGGAGAAUGUGCAUGGGGGGAAAAAUGAAAAAGAAGUUACACAACCAUGACGGUCGUUAGUUAUUGCAUCGAGCAUGUUUGUUAUCUAGUGUCUGUAUUUUGAAAAUUUAACGAGCGCAUGUAUACUUUACCAGCCAGAAAUAACCAGCAAAGGCUUAUGCAGACCAAACGAGGAGAUGAAACCCAACAAUGAUCAAAGUACCUGACAGUUGUGAAAUGUUCAGUAACUGUGUGAUAAUUAGUGGCUUUGCUGUCAGCUUAAGUUCACAUUCAGUUCACAACCCAACAUUGUCACUAAUUCAAUUUUUUUUUUUUUACCACCAAAUAGAUUUUUAGUUGAGUCCAGUGUCCCUUCAAGUCAAUUAUACGCAGGGCUGCCUUGCCAAGUGGGGUCACCACCUCUCUAUUACCUAACUGACCCAUUAAAGGCUAUUUAUACUAUUAUAACUGGUAUUUUAGUUUAAUUAGAUGCAAGUUUUGGAGUAAUAUGAUUCUUUUCAGUGAAAAAUAACAAAAAUGUUACCUGCAAAUGGGUGAACAAUCACAAUCCGCAACCUCUGCCAUAACAUGAAACAGCCAUAAUAUUUUACUGACAAUCAUAGCAUCAUU